GUCGCGGCGGGUAGACGCGCGCUUUGGGGCUGCGGAGCCGGCGGGAUGGAGGAGACGCUGGCGGGGGAGACCGAUGGCCUGCUUCCCUUGGAGAGGCAGCUCCACGAGGCCGCCCGCCGGAAUAACGUCGGCAGGAUGAAGGAGCUGAUCGGGAGGAGAGUCAAUGUCAGGGCCAGAAACCACGUGGGCAGGGUGGCCUUGCACUGGGCCGCAGGCGCGGGGCACGAGCAGGCUGUGCGGCUGCUCCUGGAACACGAGGCUGCUGUGGACGAGGAGGAUGCGUUUGGGAUGAACGCGCUUCUCCUCUCUGCCUGGUUUGGCCACCUGCAGAUCCUCCAGAUCCUGGUAAACUCUGGGGCCAAGAUCCACUGUGAGAACAAGGACGGCCUGACCAUACUGCAUUGUGCAGCCCAAAAAGGCCAUGUGCCCAUGCUGGCGUUCAUCAUGGAGGACCUGGAGGAUGUGGCCCUGGACCGCACGGACCAGCUGGGAAGGACGGCGUUCCACCGGGCUGCCGAGCACGGGCAGCUGGAUGCUCUCGACUUCCUUGUGGGCUCUGGCUGUGACCAUGGUGCCAAGGACAAGGAGGGGAACACAGCCCUUCACCUGGCUGCCAGCCAGGGCCACCUGGCUGUGCUGCAGCGACUUGUGGACAUCGGGCUGGAACUGGAGGAACAGAACGCAGAAGGCCUGACUGCCCUGCACAUGGCUGCUGAAGAGAUCCACCCUGAGUGUGUGCAGCUUCUCCUCAGGGCUGGGAGCAGCGUGAAUGCCCUCACCCAGAAAAAGCAGAGCUGCCUCCACUAUGCAGCCCUCAGUGGUUCAGAGGACGUGGCCCGGGCCCUUAUCCAUGCAGGAGGCCGCACCAAUGUGGCUGACCAUCAGGGCGCUUCUCCUAUGCACCUGGCAGUGAGGCACAACUUCCCCGCCCUGGUGGAGCUCCUCAUCGAUGCUGGCAGUGACCUGGAUGCCACCGACAAUAGGCAGCAGACGCCCCUCCAUCUUGCUGCAGAACACGCCUGGCAGGACAUAGCAGAGAUACUCCUCGUCGCUGGCGUUAACUUAAGCCUGAAAGAUAAGCAAGGGAAAACUGCCCUGGCAGUGGCCGCCCGCAGCAACCAUGUCAGCCUGGUGGACAUGAUCAUAAAAGCUGAUCGAUUCUACAGAUGGGAGAAGGACCACCCCAUGUGCAGAGACCCCAGUGACCCUUCUGGGCAGAGUUUGACCUUUAAGCAGGACCACCAGCAGGAAACACAGCAGCUCCGCUCUGUGCUGUGGCGACUGGCCUCCAGGUACCUGCGGUCCCAUGAGUGGAAGAAGCUGGCAUAUUGCUGGGAGUUCACCGAGGCCCACGUCCAUGCCAUUGAGCAACAGUGGACAGGCACCAAGAGCUACCGGGAACACGGCCAUCGGAUGCUGCUCAUCUGGUUGCAUGGUGUGGCCACAGCCAGCGAAAACCCCAGCAAGGCACUGUUCGAGGGCCUCGUGGCCAUUGGCCGGAGGGACCUGGCUGAAAGCAUCAGGAAGAAAGCAAAUGUCAACCCGAAUGUCCCCAGGAGAUGCAUAGCCAUGUAACUGGAUUGCGGGGGGUCGGGGUAGGGGAAGGAACCUCUGGACAUUUGGGACCUCAUGCCGGGGCCACUGAACAGAAGAGAACCACCAUUUAAGUGCUUUUAAAAAAUUACUGUUAGCAGACUUCUGGCUGCCUCUACUGAAACAUAUAGCCAUGUAGGUCCAGCAGACAGAGGCUUGUGAUCUUCCCACAAGGAUCGUCGGGAAGCCUUUUUCAGGUUUUGCGGAGAAUCCCUUUCCACAGGCCUGCCUCUUGCAGCCCUCCUGUCACUUUCAUCUCCCUGGAGCCUCUCAGCAGUCCCCUGAGCACAGGGGCACCAUUUCAGAGAGGACACUGGGGCUCAGGAAGCUUAAGCAGUUAAUUGGGUGGUUAAUCAGGUACCAAACCCAGCAUCCCUGAAAGUAACUUAUGAAAGUAACUUAUGAAAAUAAAAAGAGGCUUUGAAACCAACCCGUUUUACGGCAAUAACCUGAUGGUCUGAGAGGUUUAUGUGCCUGAGGCCUCACAGCUGGCAGUGAGAUUCAGAGACCCCCUCAAAACUCCCCCCACAAAAGGUGGCCUUGUGCACGUGACACCUGUCUCUGCAGGUGCUGUGCUGAAGUGGGAAAACCCCCUCUUCCCUCUACUCUAUAGGGAAAGGUAUUUUGUAUCACGUGGCACUCAACUCUUCUACAGGAUGAAUUUUACAAAGCGAAUUUUAUAUUUGUUUCAAGACAGAAAAGCAAGUUCUUAAAAUAAAAAUA